AUGUCACUCAAUCCGGAGCCCGCCGCGCCUGAAGAGCGCCAGGCUCUAUCCCUCGCUCCCAAGAGCUACGCUGAAGCUACCGAAGCCCCCGCCGACUCCCAAAUAUAUCAUCCACCAGCAAAGGAGAAUUCCGGAGCACCCGAAGCUACCGCUAGGUCACUCAAUGAGUCGUCUGGACCACAACACGAGAACGGGGACCAUGAAAAAAGCUUUGCAGAGGCUCUCGAGGCACCUCCUCUCCCCCUAGAUGCUCCAACAACACAUAUCAAUGGCUUGGACAAUUUGAAUGGCUUGACUGAACGAUCGAAUGGAGUCCAACAACCAACGAAGCGUGCGAAACCAACACCCGCUCCGAUCGAGCCGGAGAAGGAGCAAUAUGAAGGAUCAGGACAGGAUGACAGCCCUAAAAGUCCCACACGAAAGGGUCAUAAGAGACACUCGUCGCUGAAAUCGAAUGGUUCCGUCUCAACGUCUUCGAGGCCAUCCUCGCGGUCGCAACACCACAUAUACCACGAACACAAGAAUGGAAAUGGCGGGCUUUUGGCAAGCAUUAAGCCGUCUGAGGAUUACGAUCGCCAGCUUCUAGUAGCCAAGAAGGAGAAAUCAGCUAAGAAGGGUGAGCUGGUGCAUGGAAGGCAGGCCGGAGCAGGUUGGGCAGCGAGCAAGAUUCGCUACGCACCCCUCAACGUGCCAAUACAAAGACGUCUUCAAACCCUGGCUGUCUUGAUGCACACCUUGAGCGUUGCAGGCCUCCUGGCAAUCUUCUUCUUCGCCUGUGGCAUCCCUCUCCUCUGGCCCAUCGUUCUUCCCUACUCCCUUUACGUUCUCUUCUCGCACGCUGGCACGGACGGGAAGCUUUCUCACCGCAGUGAGCGCUGGCGUCGCUCAAAAGUCUGGUCACUCUUCGCCUCCUACUAUCCGGCGCGUCUGCACCGCUCCGCAGAACUGCCACCGACACGGAAGUACCUUUUUGGGUACCAUCCGCACGGUAUCAUCUCACACGGCGCCUGGGCGGCCUUUGCUACCGAAGCCCUCGGAUUCUCCCAGCUCUUCCCAGGCAUCACAAACACCCUACUGACCCUCGACUCCAACUUCCGGAUUCCACUCUACCGCGAGUAUGCCUUGCGCAUGGGCUUGGCCUCCGUCUCCCGUGAGUCCUGUGAAGCAGUUCUCACCCAAGGCGGCCCGAACGGAGAGGGAAUGGGCCGCGCAAUCACCAUCGUUAUCGGCGGUGCCCGAGAGUCGCUGGACGCACGGCCAGGUACCUUCCGCCUUGUUUUGAAAUGCCGCAAGGGCUUCGUUAAGAUCGCCGUCCGCACGGGCGCGGAUCUCGUUCCUGUUUUAGCAUUCGGUGAGAACGACCUUUACGACCAGGUCGACGCAAAGACCCACCCCUGGGUCCACAAGCUUCAACUCCUCGUCAAGAAGAUCAUGGGGUUCACUGUGCCGUUGUUUCAUGCAAGGGGAAUCUUCAAUUAUGACGUCGGCAUGAUGCCGUACCGUCGCCCACUCAACGUGGUGGUGGGACAUCCUAUCAAAGUCAUGCAGCAGGAGCAGCCGGAUAGGGAUUAUGUCGAGAGCUUGCAUACACAGUAUGUGGAAGAAUUGGAGAGGAUGUGGAAUGAGUGGCGAGACACUUUUGCUCCGGCAAGAAUUGAGGAGUUGAAAAUUGUGGAGUAA